GUCCUGACCAAUGGGAGGGAAGGGAGGCGUGUCCCGGUAGUGGGAAGCGGGGAGCGCGGCGACGGCGACCGGGACGCACUGGCCCGGCUCCGGUGGCCUCGGACGAUGGCCUCCUGCCCCUGCCUUUGAAGUUUCCCACAAGGACAACUACUGCAGGGACACAUGGCUACGGCCAGCAAGGCAGGCAGCAAGGCCAAGGGGGGCGCUGUGCGCUUCGCCCCCAGCCAGCUGGCCGAGGGCGCUCACGGCCACGUCCACUUCGAUGAGAAGCUCCACGACUCGGCCGUGAUGGUGACGCAGGACAAGGAUGGCAGCUUCCUCGUCAAGGUGGGAUUCCUGAAGAUCCUCCACAAGUAUGAGAUCAGCUUCCUCCUGCCCCUGGUGCAGAGGCUGGGGAAGGACAUCUGCGCUCUCCCCCUCCCUAACCCCAACCUCCGAGUCAUCAGCGUCACUCCCGUGCCAGAAGGUUACAGUGUGAAGUGUGAGUACACAGCACACAGGGAGGGUGUCCUGAAGGAGGAGAUGGUCCUGGCCAGUGAGACCAGCGAAGGUGCUUCAGUCAAGGUCGUGGUUCAAGCGCGUGUCAUGGACCGGCACCACGGCACGCCGAUGCUGCUGGACGGAGUGCGCUGCGUGGGCGCCGAGCUGGAGUACGACUCGGAGCAGAGCGACUGGCACGGCUUCGACUAGACCCGCUCCUGCCCCCCACCUCCCCCCAACGGCUCCUGAGGACGAAGAGACAAAAAACAACAUCCCCCCUCCCCACACUUCCCCUCAACCUUCUCCUCAUGAUCUCAGCAGGUCCCAGGGGCUGCAGCUCUGGGGUACAGGCUGCUGCUGCUGCUCCUCGGCUUGUCCCCCCCCCACUGGCAUGGUUGGAGAGGUGGUGGAGGUCACCUCAAAUGCUGGUGCAGCAGGAAACACCCCCCCCCGCCAACUGCUUGCUGCCUCCAGCCUCUAUUGCUGCUUUCCUCUCGCUUUCCUCCCCAGGAGAGAGGACUUUGGUAGGGGGAGCUAAACCAGCUCCCCCCAGCCCCAGGGUGAAAUGUUGCCUCCUGGGGUGUGGGGCCUGGGAGAGGUGUGUGGUGUGUGAGGGGAGUUGAGUGGCCAUGUCCCUGUGUCCAUGUCCUUGUGUGGCAGCCAGCACCUUGGUCUCCUUCCAGGUGGCUUCUUUGUUUUUGUUUUUUUUUUUUUUUUUUUUUUUUUUCUCCCCCCAGUAAGGACCAGAAGUGGCUGUUUGGGAAGCACCAGGAGGCUUUCUGUGCCUAUAUAUAUAUGUAUAAAUAAAUAUAUAUAGAUCUCUA